AUGUCUCGGCAAUCUGUCUGUAGAAGCUUUGGAGGCGGGAGCAGAAGGGGCUACAGCUCUUGCUCUGCUGUUGGUGGUGGCUUUGGAGGAGGUGGCAACAGAAGCAGGACCAGCUACAGCUCCUACUCCAUGUCCAGGGGAUUUGGAGGUGGUGGACGUUGUGGAGGGUUUAGCAGCAGGAGCCUCCACAACAUAGGCAGCAGCGGAAGGAUUGCCAUGGGUGGAUGCUAUGGYGGUGGAGGCUAUGGAGGCAGAAUUGGCUACGGUGGUGGCUUUGGAGGAAUGAGUGGCUUUGGUGGAGGAAUGGGUGGCUAUGGUGGUGGAAUGGGCGGUGGUGGAGGAGGAAUGGGCGGUUUUGGUGGAGGAAUGGGAGGCUUUGGUGGACCCGGAAUGGGUGGUGGAGGAAUGGGAGGCUUUGGCGGAUCAGGCUUUGGUGGCCCUGGCUUUGGUGGCCCUGGUAGAGGUGGCCCUGGGAUCCAGCCAGUGCAGGUCGACUCCAGCCUCCUCCAGCCAGUCCGUGUUGAGAUUGACCCCCAGAUCCAGCAAGUGAAAAACCAGGAGAAGGAGCAGAUCAAGASUCUUAACAAUCAGUUUGCCUCUUUCAUUGAUAAGGUUCGCUUCCUGGAGCAGCAGAACAAGGUCCUCUCCACCAAGUGGGAGCUCCUGCAGCAGCAAGGGCCUUCUGGGCCAAGGAAGAACCUCGAUGUCAUCUUUGAGAAUUACAUCCAGAACCUGAGGAGGCAGCUGGAUUCGAUCUUGGCGCAGAGGGGACAGCUGGAAUCAGAACUGCAAAACAUGCAGCAGUACGUGGAGGAUUACAAAAACAAGUAUGAGGAGGAGAUCAACAGGCGCACAAGUGCUGAGAACGAGUUUGUGGUGCUCAAAAAGGAUGUGGACUCUGCCUACAUGACUAAAGUAGAGUUGGAAACAAGGGUGGGAGCUCUGACUGAUGAAAUGAACUUCCUGAGGAGCAUCUAUGAUGCGGAACUGUCUCAGAUGCAGACCAUCAGCCGGGACUUGUCCGUGGUGGUGUCUAUGGACAACAACCGUCAUCUUGAUCUGGACAGCAUCAUUGAGGAGGUCCGGCGCCAGUACGAACAGAUUGCUCAGAGCAGCAGGGCGGAGGCUGAGGCUUGGUACCAGAGCCAGUAUGAACAGCUGCAGAGCACUGCUGGAAGGCAUGGGGACAGCCUGCGCAACACCAAGAUGGAGAUCCAAGAGCUCACCAGGAACAUCCAGAGGCUGCGGGCUGAAAUCGAGAACGUGAAGAAGCAGAACCAGCAGCUGCAGGCAGCUAUUGCUGAGGCAGAGGAGCGCGGUGAAAUGGCCCUCAAGGAUGCCAGGAUUAAGCUGGAAGAGCUGGAAAGUGCCCUGCAGAAAGACAAGGAGGAGCUGGCUCGCUUGCUGAAGGAAUACCAAGAGCUGCUCAACGUGAAGAUUGCCCUGGAUGUUGAGAUUGCCAUGUACAGGAAACUGCUGGAGGGGGAGGAGAACAGGUGA